AAAAUCAAGUAUCUAACACUACUACACUACAAAAAAGUAUUUUGUGAAUGAUCAUUUUCAGUGUUCAGAGAACAGAUGCUGUGAUUGUACCAGAGACGACAGCGAUCUGGCCUAAAAGUAUACAUAGAAAGAGAAAGAUUGGACGAAGAAAAAUUAAUUAAAUUGUGGAAAAACUCAUUUUUACGAAAAAAAAACAUGAGAAAAAGAAACCAUUCAAAUAGUGAAAAAUCUCAUUUUAAAUAAUUGAUCUGAAGACCAUUUUAGGCUGUAUUGGCGACAAUUGCAAUUUUAGAUUGGAUACAUAUGGUGCGAUUCAUUGAGGGAAUUAACGUUUAAAAAAAGAUGAAGAAUUCUGUUUCAGAUCAUGGUUUGUUCAUCGACAGCGAUGAAGAUGACGAGGAAAAGGAGUUGGGCAUUAAAGAUAACGACGACAAUGAAUCGGACGAUUCAAAUGACUCCAACGACAAUCAGCCACAGAGAAAACCCAGUUCUUACAGUUUGGCAUGGCCACAAAGUUACAGGCAAUCCAUUGAUCUAUAUGGCAGCGUGCCAUCACCAAAUAUUGGAUUUCUGGGAAACGCAUCACUAUCAAGAUUAGGCAGUUCAUUUCUUGCUUCCACUUUGACAAGGAGACACAGUCCUGAAAUUAUACCAUCAGUGAAAAAACCUCUGUUGCAGCCAACAACUGACGAACAAAAGGGUCGUAGCUCCCAAGCAUUGCUUCCUCCCCUUCCAUCUAGGAGGUCUUCAAUUAAAAAGGAUGUUUCCAAGAUUUCUCAUGAAGUUCAUAUUCCUGGCCAAUGCACUUUUGGACAAGCUGUGCUUAAUGGCAUAAAUGCCCUUUGUGGAGUAGGAAUCCUUUCAACCCCUUAUGCUCUUAAAGAAGGUGGAUGGGCUGCACUAUCUAUCUUGAUGAUAUUUGCAAUUUUCUCCUUUUAUACUGGUUUGCUGUUGCGUUAUUGUUUGGAUAGUGAACCUGGCCUUGAGACUUACCCUGACAUUGGCCAAGCAGCUUUUGGUACAACUGGACGUGUUAUCAUUUCAAUAAUAUUAUACAUGGAAUUAUAUGCUUGUUGCAUUGAAUACAUAAUUCUAGAAAGCGACAACUUGUCUUCCUUAUUUCCAAAUGCACACUUUAGUUUUGGUGGAAUUGAAAUGAAUGCACACAUUCUAUUUGCAAUCUUGACCACCUUGGCUAUUCUUCCUACCGUUUGGCUGCGUGACCUUCGCAUUCUGAGUUACAUAUCAGCUUGCGGAGUAAUUGCAACGAUUAUAGUGGUUCUGUGCUUGUUGUGGGUUGGCGUGGUAGACGAUGUUCCCAUUCAUAUAAAAGGAACAACUACAUUGAACCUUUCAACUUUCCCUGUUGCGAUGGGUCUCUAUGGUUACUGCUUCGCUGGACAUGCUGUGUUCCCAAACCUAUACACAUCUAUGGCAAAUCGAAAUCAAUUCCCUGCAGUGCUCUUGACAUGUUUUGCUAUUUGUACAACUAUGUAUUUUACUGUAGCUGUAAUGGGAUACUCAAUGUAUGGAGAAACUACACUGUCUCAGUAUACUCUUAACAUGCCCCGAGGCUUGGUUGCCUCCAAGAUUGCGGUGUGGACUACGGUGGUUAAUCCAUUUACCAAAUAUGCUUUGAAUAUAGCUCCAGUAGCAAUGUCUCUGGAGGAACUGAUACCAUCAAAUAAUUCCAACUUUCAAUUCUACUCCAUCUGCAUCAGAACAGCACUAGUUGUUUCUACACUGCUUGUUGGUCUCUCAGUUCCCUUUUUCGGUUUGGUGAUGUCAUUAAUUGGGUCUUUGCUCACAAUGUUUGUUUCCCUUAUUCUACCAGCUGCUUGCUUCCUAAGCAUCAAGAAUGGUAGAAUUUCGCGCUCCCAGGUAGCACUUUGUGUUGUAGUAAUUAUAGUUGGUUUUGUAUCAUGUGGUUUUGGAUCAUAUUCAGCCAUCUCCGAGAUUAUUGAGCAGUUGAUCAGAUGAAGUUUGCAGCUUGAAUCUUCGAUUAUGAAAUUUGUCUACUAUUAUGUUAGAUAAUUUCAUUUCUUACCUCAAAUUUUGAGUUAACUUUUCAUUGUCAGUGACUUCUACCUUUUUUUAUUUUUACUUGUGGUUAUCCUAGUUCUUUUUACCAUUACUAUAUCCAUAUUAUAAAACGAAGUUUUAUUCGAA